AUGGACUUCAAGAAGUUUUUGAUGUUCGGCGACUCCAUCACGGAGUUCGCGUUCAAUACCAGAAUCUCGCCAGAAAGCGGGCGAGACGAGUUCUGCGUCGGCGCGGCGCUGACCAACGCGUACACGCGCAAGCUACAGGUGACCCAGCGCGGAUUCAGCGGCUACAACUCUCGGUGGGCUCUCAAGCUGCUUCCGCAGAUCCUCGCGACAGAGCGCGACAUCGUGAUUGCGUAUGUGUUCUUCGGGACCAACGAUGCGGCGAUGGACUCGGUCCAGACGGUGCCCCUUGUAGAGUACGUACGGAAUAUGACGGAGAUGGUGCAGAUGCUGCACGCCGCCAACAUCAAGGUCGUGCUCGUGGGGCCGGCGCUGCACGACGCCCACAAGUGGCUGCGCGACGAGUCGGGCAGCGUCACGCCGGGCUCGCGCAACAACGCGAACAACAAGCUCUACAGCGACGCGCUGGCCGGCGUGGCACGCGAGCAGCGCACGGGCUUCGUGGACCUGCACCGCGCGUUCAGCGAGGCGGGCGGCGAGAGAUGGUCCGACCUGCUAGUUGACGGCAUCCACUAUUCCGGCAGAGGCUACGAGGUGUUCUACAAGGAGCUGAUGGCGGUAAUCGACCGCACCUUCCCCGAGCUCUCGCCGGACAACGUGCCCUUCCGCUUUCCCAACUGGCGCGACGUUGCGCCCGAUGGCUCGAACCUAUGA